GGUAACUCAUUAACAAAAAGAGAAGAAGAGAACACAGUGUGAAAGUCAGGUAUUGCAUUUUUACCCGUAUACAUAAAUUUACCUUGUUCUGGGUGAAGACCCUGCACAGCAAUGCGAGUACGCGAGUACGCGCGCACAGCCCCAGCCCUGCUGUGUGCUGCAGUGUAGGUCGGUUCAGGGCUGUGCUCAGGGCUGUGCUCAGGACUGUGUUGUGUGUGACAGGGGUGUGCUGGAUGACCCAGCAUUAUGUCUUCACUGCGUCUCGUCCCAAGUAUGAUCUUCAGUGCGGGAGGAGCGGCCAGAGGCGCGGUAAAGGAGAGGUUCUCCCUGCUGUGUCUCAGGCAGGCAGCGGGGUGGCCCGCCGUUCAGGCGGCUGGGAAAAAAUCCCUGACUGAUUUACCAGUGUUAAACGAGGAGGAGCUGGAAGAGCAGUUUGUCCGGGGCUCAGGACCAGGCGGACAGGCUACAAACAAAACCAGUAACUGUGUGGUACUGAAGCAUAGCCCGACUGGCGUUGUUGUGAAGUGCCACCAAACCAGAUCGGUAGAGCUAAACAGGAGACGAGCACGGGAGAUCAUGCAGGAGAAACUGGACAUCGUGUAUAAAGGGGAGGAGAGCCAGCUGCUACAAAUGAAAGAAGAAUCCAGAAUUAAAAAACAGCAAAAACGAAAGAAAGUAAAUGAAAACUUGGAGAAAAAGAAACUACUAAAAAGCAUCCUCUUAGCUGACGCCAAGUGAGAAGAUAACAACAAUUGAACAGGCCAAAGCAACGUUUGUGGAUGUGCUUCGCACAGGCAGAUGCAACGCGUUUCACUAUUGUUUUACUCUGUAAUUCUACUGACUGUAUUUAUAUUAUGCACUGAUGAUUAAACAAUUACAUAAAAAACAA